AUGAUUUUUUGGCAAUCUAAGAAAGCCAAUAAACCAUUGCCUCUCAAAAAAGAAUUUAUAAAAAACAAGUGGAAUUUUUUAGUUUAAGUUGAAUCACUAAAAUUAGAAGGUAAAGAAGAUAAAGCUAUAGAUUUUUAUGGUAAAUAUUAAGUACUUAAAUUUCAUUAAAUAGAAACAAUUAUAUUCAUUUUUUUUAGUAUAAAAGGAUAGAUUUUAGGAAAUAUGGAUUUGUGAAAUUUUGGGAUAAGUAAUAAUCCUUCAAAGAUUUCUUUUUAUAUAGAAAAAAGUGAUUUUCUAUUUCCUUAUCAUUAGGUUUACACUUAGAAAGUACAUAUAGAUUAGAAGAAGCAAUCAAUUGUUGGGAUCAAGGGAUUGAAUCAAAUAAAAAUAAAUUUGGAUUUUACAAGAACAAAUGUAAUAAUAUAUUUAUUAUUUUUGUUUAGCAAAACUUUUAGAAAAAAAAAAUAACAAAUUUAAAAACAUGGUAUAUUAGAGGAAUUAAUCAAUAAUUGGAAUGCUAAUUAAAAGGCUUAUUACUUUGAAAAAGAUUUUAUUUAUUAAAAAUUUUUAGCAAAUGUCUUAUAAACUUAAUUGAAGUAAGAUGAAAUCAUUAAAUAUUGG